GGAGACCGCGGUAUCGUCGGGUCUUGGUAGUAUCCGAUCCGUGGCCUUGUUUUGUGGUAUUCGUUGACCGGGUUGUGUCGUUCCAAUCGUAUGUUUUUUCACCAAAAAAUUGUAAAAAAUAAAUUCCCGGUAUUACUAAUAACGUACUAAUAAUACGAAUCGAUUCUAAUCGAACGUCUUGAUAGAAUUUUGAAUACACGCGGGUUUGAAGAAAGCAAGUGAACCCAGCUCCGGUAGAGGGGAGCAAGCAAUAUUGCUUGAUGGUAUAUGUAGCCCGCUCGGCAAAAUGAAAAUGGCGGUGUUCCUGUAUGAACGGAGCAACGGCCACUGACGAUGCUCGUUACGGUAACAGACACGUGAGCCAAAUCGAAUGUGGGAUUUUUACAUAUCUUGUGUGCAUUUACGAAGUUCGUUCAGUGUUAUAUCGUAGCGUAUAGAACGUAAAUGCGAGUAAAAUAGAAGCAAGCGCGAUUUUUUCCGUCGAUCAGGGACAAACAAACACGAUGGAGUGACACCGCGAAGUGUUGACUCCGUGGACAAGUGGGAAGUGUCGGCUGUUACAUUCGCGUACUUGGAGGACGAAAAGCCUUCAUGCCGAUGCCGGCCGAAUACCACGAAAACCACGGUAACCACGAGAACGCUAAUUUCGCUCUCGGGGCCACACAGGACGCCAGCAACAUGACGGCCAACAUGUACCGGGUGGGAGAUUAUGUAUAUUUUGAAACAUCUUCCACAUCUCCCUACCAAAUAAGAAGGAUAGAAGAAUUAAAUAAGACGGCAAGUGGAAAUGUUGAAGCAAAAGUUAUGUGCUUCUUUAGGCGGAGGGAUUUACCUUCUACAUUAAUCAUGCUUGCAGAUAAACAUCAGUUGGCAAGUGCGGAGCAGCAGAGGUCAGAAUCCCCUGCGAACACGCAGAGUCAGAAACUCGAGAAUCCAGAUACUACUAAGGAAAUGACAAAUAAAGAUGGGAUCGGGCCCAAAGUGAUGAACAAAGGGGGCGGGAAGGGGGGCUGGCUGAAGGCCCCACUAUCAGAGGCCCAAGAGCCUCAUGGGAUGGAAGAAAAUGUUGUUGGUGCUGGAGGAGUUACAGAAUUAAGUUCUAAACAACGUCAUCAAAUGAAACACAGAGAACUGUUUUUAUCGCGUCAAGUGGAAACAAUGCCGGCAACGCACAUAAGGGGAAAAUGCUGUGUAACUUUGUUAAAUGAAACAGAAUCUUUACUAAGCUAUUUAAACAAAGAAGAUUCUUUCUUUUAUUGCUUAGUAUUCGAUCCUGCCCAACGUACUUUACUUGCUGACAAAGGUGAAAUUAGAGUAGGUAGUCGAUAUCAAGCCGAUGGUAUAGCGCCAUCUCCAUUGACACCUGCUGAAAGAGAAUCAGAUCCUCGUAGGUUGCAAGAUUUAGAAACUUUGGUAUGGACGCCACGGCAUUCAUUAACGGAUCGUCAAAUUGAUCAGUUUCUCGUUGUCAGUAGAUCUGUAGGAACAUUUGCAAGAGCUUUAGAUUGUUCAUCUUCAGUUAAACAACCCUCUUUGCAUAUGUCUGCAGCAGCUGCGUCUAGAGACAUUACUCUUUUUCAUGCAAUGGAUACUUUGCAUCGACACACUUACGAUGUUGCGAAAGCAAUGUCAUCUCUAGUACCCAGCACUGGUCCAGUAUUAUGCAGAGAUGAAAUGGAAGAAUGGAGUGCAUCCGAAGCGAAUCUUUUUGAAGAAGCACUUGAUAAGUAUGGAAAGGAUUUUUCCGAUAUACGUCAAGACUUCUUACCAUGGAAAACAUUAAAAAAUGUAAUUGAAUAUUAUUAUAUGUGGAAAACAACUGAUAGAUACGUACAACAGAAGAGGGUAAAAGCUGUGGAAGCUGAAAGCAAAUUAAAACAGGUUUAUAUACCAAACUAUAAUAAGACAACUCCGCCUACGACUGCACCUUCUGCGGCAACGAUUGUACCCCUUGGUAACAGUAAUAGUAACAGCAAUGGAAAACCAACUAGUGUUCUCAAUGGCAAUAGUAAUGGCAAUAUGGCAACUGAUAACAGUGGAAUAUUAAUGGUUGGGGUUAGCGGAAAACCAUGUGAAAGUUGUCAAGUUAUGCAGAGUCCACAGUGGUAUGCUUGGGGUCCGUCGCAUAUGCAGUGUCGUCUUUGUCAAUCUUGUUGGACCUAUUGGAAAAAGUACGGCGGUCUUAAGGUCCCAUCGCGUAUCGACGACGUUGAUUUGGAAAGAAAAAGAGGAUGUACGGGUUCGGACGAGGAAAGCAAAGGAAUUAGUGGUGCUCAUAGACCUCAUCGAUGUAGCAUUCCUUCUUGUGGUAAAGAGUUCAAACUUAAAGCGCAUCUGAGUCGCCAUUAUGCAAGUGCUCAUGGCGUUGAUUUACGUGGCAGUGGAGUAAGCGGAGGGGGAGGAGGUGGAUCUCCCAGACCUGUGAUGAAAACCCGAUCCGCAUUUUAUUUACGUACUUCAGCAUUAGCACGAGCUGCACGACGAUUAUGUGCAGCUCAAUUACGCACACGUCACGCAGCGCGAGCGCCUCAUCAACCUGUAAAUGCAGCACCAUUGCGACAUCUUUGCGCUUCUCCUCAGUUAACGUCAAAAAGCCCUGCAGAAUUACGUAUUUUAGCACGCGCUGUACGGCCUCGGCCUCGCCCUCGUGUAACUGACAUAGCGACGCGUUUAGGUGAUCACCCUGCACCACGGCAACCCGGAGAUUGGGAUUGGUUAGCUCUUACAGCCCCUGCACAACGAAAACAACCCGACCGUGUAUCUUUCCCCAGACCGCCAAAAGCACCAGAUGGAAGUCUUUUAUAUGAAAGAGUACCAAAUAAAGCUGAGGUAGAUAGACUGACGGUAACUCCCCCUCAACCGCAACCCAGUAUGCAAACGCAGCAAACAAUAUUAAAACGUACAAGACCUCCAUUCGAUGAGAUCAACGGAUCAGAUGGUAUUGCCCUAAGUGCAGGGCUCCCUGGUGGACCGCCUGCAAAAAGGGCUCAUCAUUCUCAGCAGCUACAUCCGAAACAUGCUUUGGAACAUUCUGCGCCUGCUGUUCUUCCACUAGCACCACCUCUCAAUGGAAGGGCUGCUCACCCUCAUACUUUGCCACAUGGUCCACCCAUAUCCAGAAGUAAUGCGCGCAAACAAGUAAUUUCAUGGAUGGACGCACCUGAUGACGUUUACUUUCGUGCUUCGGAUCAAACCAAAAGACUUAGAAGGACUCUAUCAUCUGUGGAACUUCGAAGAGCAGCGCGUAAACCAUGGCGUAGAUUACCAGCUCCGUUACAUCCUCCUCAUUCGCAGAGAGCAGUACGCGGUGAUGACAUGGUUGUCAUCUUGGACUGAAUCAAUAAUACAAUCAGUUGGACAAAUUGAUAAACAUUGAUCAGUUUGUUAUAAUGGAAUCAUACUGUUACUGUAAUUUUAAUGCCAGAGUCAACACACAGUGAAGAUAUUCCAGCUUUAUGUAUCGUCAUUGGCAGCUCUGACGUUGAGCAAGAAUCAUUCGCUGUUUGGAAUUUUUUCGAUCAUUUUCAAAACAGCAGUUCGCCAAAAUUGAAGGCCUCCCUUGACUGAAUCUGCAUGAUGCAUUAACAUUGCUGAAACAUACUUCACAUAUACGAACGAGAAGCAACGACUCUGGAACGAACAUUCAUCGAAUCUUAAGAGAAAAAAAAAAAUGAAAUCAAGUCAUUCACCGUGAAACAUGAUUUUCUAUUCGUAUUAAUUAGUUAUUGUUGUUAUUAAUAAUUAUUAUUAAUAAUUGAAUGUACAUAUACAUCAUACCACACAUUCAUACACACAUAACCAGGCAACAUAAGUGUCCAACGAACGUUGGACAUCAGCUCUUACAUCGGUUAAAUUGGCACAUACCACGCGCAUUAGCUCACGAAAAGAUGUUACGGCCAUGCGCGUAACAAAAACGAGUGGAAGAGAAAAAGAGAGAGAGGGAGGGAGAGAAAGUGAGAGAGAAAGGAUAAGAAUGUAAGAGAGAAAGAAGGA